UCUCUCUUUCUUUCUCUCUUUCUUUCUCUCUCCUCUCCAUUUCUCUCUCUAAAAAACACUACUACUAAGGAGUAUGCUUUGGUAUUUGUUAUUCUUCUCCUGAUUUUUCCCCAUUUCGCGUGGUAUUCCCGAACACCAAAAUAAACCUCUGUCUCUACCCAUUUUGUUCACACGCAGCACACACACUGAGCCAGCAUAAACCUAAACGAACACAUCAUUGGAUGCCUGUAUCCGGAUAUUGAUAGAAGAAAGAGGAAUUCGUUGCUUGUUUGAUUGUUUGGUUGUAUUGUUGUGAACAAAAAAGUAAAAGAUAGCUGGGAUCUUGUCCCUUUCUACAAAUGCUCCUUCAUUUUGUAGCGGGCAAGGGUUUUCGGGGUAGCUAUGAGAUUGGUUACUGACGAUGGAUUUUAUCUAGGGUUUUCGAAUCUGAUCAGAUUGCCGAUGGGGUUGGAUUUACAGUUGCAAUUAGGGUUUUGAUCAGCAUAUUCCGGAAGUAGGGGGAUUCAAUUUGGAAUUCCGAGGUUUUCAGGUGCUUCCCGGGAAGAACUCCACUCUGCAGAUUGGAAAGUUGAUGGGAGUUGGCUUUGAUCCUAAGGAGCUCAAGCAGCAUCUUUAAGUGUAAGCAUUAUUAUUGUGCGGAAAGUUGCUUCUCAAAAGGGUAUGGAAGAGGACUGCUGGCACAAAUACAAUUAAUAAGACACUGGAAAGUCAGAAAUUUUGGGAUUUCUGAUGAAAUAAGUAGUGGGUCUUCUAUUGUUCUUUAUUCAGUUGGGGAAUGAUUUUCGGAUUAAAUUGUGGUGAUAAUGUGGAGGGGGUGAAGGUGAUGAUCAUCAAGUGCCAUUCUCUUAGUACACCUGCCAUAAAAUCAUCCAUCAGCAAACUAUUUUCCUUUCUCAGGAAGCCCUUUGGAUUAACAUAGUGUUUCUGCAGAAGUUUUUGUUGCACUAUAGAUAUCAGCAUUUUGUAUCCUGAAUUGGUUGCAAAUUCUGUCUGCUCAGUUACUGUUGGGCCUGCCGAUUGCAGUUGAGUUAGGAUAUAUAUUCUUUCAAAUUUGUUGUGUAUUUGUGAUAGAGAGUGCAGCGUACUUUGUUGAGGUUGUAGACAAACUGUUGGAUUUUGGUAAACAUUUGGAGUAAAGCCUGAGAUAGUCGAAGUGUAAUUUGGGCAUGCCGACCUGCCCAAAGAGGAGCUAGAUGGAGAUCUAGUGAAGCUGGACUAGUGUUGGGUCAUGCUGCAUGGACAGAUGCACAGUUGCUGGUCUGUUUCCAUAUUCGAGCACUGCUAUCCAGGGAAAAUAAUCUAAGAAUAUUGUUAUCUUGAUUGGAAUUAUUUUUACUUAUAAGGGGAAAGUGUGCAAUGUCUCGCUGCUUUCCGUUUCCGCCUCCAGGAUAUGAAAGACAGCACAGACCCGAAGACUUGGACUUACUGAAAGAGGCGAAGCGCAAAGAGAAAAAGCAUAAGAAGGAUAAAAAGGAUAAGGAAAGGAAGAAAGAUAAAGAAAAGAAGGAGAAAGAUGGAAGUGAUGAGAAACAUAGAGACAAGAAAGACCGAAAAGGAAAACGCAAGGACAAGAAAGAAAAGCACAGGGACAAGAAGGAUAAGGAGGAUCGGGGCAAAGAAAAGGAGAAAAGCAGCAUAUCAGAGGAGUCAACAGUUGCUCGGGAACUUGAGGCAAAAAGUGGAGGGAAACUUCAUCAGAAAGGACAAAGCAAAGAUAGAAGCAGUUCCUUGGAUGAAGGGAAAUGUUCUGCCUUAUUUCAUGGUCAAAAUGGUGGGAAGCCUUUGCAAAGCAGUCUGCCCUCUCAUGGAAAUGAGGAAUCAAAAUUUGUACAGGAGCUGGAUAGGAGGAUCAGAGAUGAUGAGAAGGGUAGAGGCAGCCAGUUGCCUGAGAGAGUUGCAGCUGUGGACAAAAGGGAUCAAGAGAUGGCAGCCCGAGCUGCUGUCAGGAAUUCUUCGAGAGUACUGGCAGAAGAAAAGGGUGAUAACCAAAUUAAAAGGGUUGAUAAAAAGUUGGAUCCUCAUGUAAUGCGAAAUGAGUUUAGUGGAAAUAUGAUGGUCCAGAACCUCAAUCCCAUGGGCAGAAAUAAAGUGGGAGCAAUCCCCAGGCCAGUAGACGAACAAAAUGGCAGAAGGUUGGAAGAUAAACAGAAAUAUAAGGAAACAGGUAAAUGGGUGGACAAACAGAAAGAUAAAGAUAGGGAGAGUCAUGGGAAGGAAAAAGACAUGGAAAAUGAGAAGGUAAAGGAGGAGAAACCGAAGGUAAAAACCGAAAAUAAGAAAAGCGAGCAGGACAAGUUAAAAGCUGAUGGGAGGAACGAUCGCGGUGGCUCUUCUAGUAAUAUGAGCACUGAUUUUUCGAAGAAUGCCAACAGUGAUGCUGUUAAUGAAGGAAGCAUGAGGAAAAGAAAAGAUAUGGGUGCAAAUGGUUUUCUCCAUGAGAGUGAAAUCAGGCCUAACAAAUUGCAAAGGCCAGCUCUUCAUCAGUCGAUAGAGAAUGGAAAGAAACUUGAAGCUAGCCGAACUCCCAGUAAAUCCUCUCCCGACAAGCAUGCUGUUCCUGCUGCUGUUCGAGUUGAUAACCGGUUGAUGAAUGGCAUAAUUGAAGCCCAGAAACCAUCUCCAUUGAAACCAAAUGCUGCAGCUAUGGUCAGCGACCAAAUUGCUGAAGCUCCAAAGAUCCCUCAUCAUGGUUCCAAUAUUUUGAACAAGGCGCUGAAGGUGCCGAAGAUGGAGGAUCCAAUUGGUGAAGCAUCAAGGAGGCCUCCUCAUCCUGAUUCCAAGUAUCUGGCUGAGGUACUAACAGUCCCUAAGAUGGCGGACUGGUCUGAAAAUGACGACCAGGAGUGGCUGUUUAGCAAGAAAGGUCCGUCAAAUAAGCCUAAGUUGGAAUCAGCUGUGGGCGAAGAGGAUUUGCGUGUGUGGUCAGAAGCUGUACAUAUUGAAGCAGCAGAUAUAUGUGCUCUGCCUUAUGUCAUUCCUUUCUGAUGGUUGGUCAUUAACUUCAGUCUGACACGGUAAACUUCUCCGCAAAUGGUCGGCCUUCUCGAUUACCCUCAGAACCUGGCUUGAGAUGAUCUGGUGUAUUUUCUGGCCAUUUGGCUUUUCCACACUAGCCGACACCGCUCUGGUGCAAUGUUGGCCAUCGGUAUUCACUUGCCUUCCGAUCCAAACUAAUCAUCAUGUGCCGGUGUUGUGUCUCCGAGAGUUUGGAAUGAUUUGGAUGCUGGGGACAGACUUCGAUCGGUAUGGGACGUGGUACUUGAGAUGAAAUUUAGAAGUAUCGGCAUGACCACGAAGACGGAUAAAAAAGCUUCUGCAAAUGAUUAUUAUAUUGCAUAAAGCUGAUGUAUUCCUUUCUAAAUGAGUGUAAGUGUAGCUCUAGUUUCACAUUACCACAAUUUUGAUUUUGUAACAUAGUACUCUUAUUUACAUGAAAUGUAAGAUAGAGGGAAAAAGGGAGGGGUUAGCUCCAUUCAUUUCAUUAACUGGGAUGUAAUUGUUGUUUAUAAGUCCCAUUCGGCUUCUAUGGCAUAUGAUUAUCAUCA